UUCGUGACUCAGCUGGGGGAAAAGGCACGGUCCUCACAGAACUGCGUCGCUUUUGCUCAGCAAGUGUAUAUCAAACAGGGAGCAAGUUUGUCCAACUACAGCUAACUGCAAAAAUGCCGCACAAAGGAAAAGGAAAAGGAAAGAAACACUCAAAAGGAACAAAACCACAAGCUGCGAAAGCAAUGUCUCCUGAUCCCAAGUCAGAUGGCAGUAAAGAAGAAAAAGAGAAAACUGUGGGUGCUACAAGUUCAACUGCAACGACAGUAGCAAGUCCUUCUUCUGCAUCAUCUUUGUCACAAGAGUCAACAAUGAAGCCAGCAAAUACAAAGGCAACACCAGCAUCACCUUCAAAGACAGAACCAGCUAAAACUGCUCAGUCUUCCAAGACUGCUGAUUCUCAGACUAAAGCAGCAGUGGGAGAAAAAACAAAAGAACCCUCCACAACAACACCAUCACCUUCAAAAACAGAACCAGCCAAAACAGCACAACCUUCCAAGCCUGCUGAUUCUCAGACUAAAACAGCAACAGAAGUAAAACCUAAAGAGCCUUCUUUGCCUAAGGAUGCUCCAGGUAAAACACCUGCCACACAGCCACAGGAACCAGCUAAAGCAGCACCUCCCACCAAGACACAGGAACCAGCUAAAGCAGCACCUCCCACCAAGACACAGGAACCAGCUAAAGCAGCACCUCCCACCAAACCACAGGAACCAGCUAAAGCAGCACCUCCCACCAAACCACAGGAACCAGCUAAAACUGCACCUCCCACCAAACCACAGGAACCAAGUAAGACAACACCUGCCACCAAGCUGCAGGAACCAAGUAAGACAACACCUGCCACUAAGCCACAGGAUACUAUAGGGACUAAAGUUUCUCCACCAGCCACUGAGAAACCUAAAGCAAAUGUCACAGCUGGAGCUAAAGAAACAGGGGCAAAACCCACCCAGGCUAGCUCCAAAGCAGGUGCAAAGAUGUCCAUUGACGCAUUAGAUGAGCUGAUGGGUACCCUGCCACCAGAUGAGCCCUUACCAGAUUUUCCGGAAUUCACAGGACCUACUGUUGAUGAAAACAAGUCCAAAUCACUGCAUGUGGAUAAACUUGGUGAGAGAGAUGACACCCUUCCACCGGAGUACAGAAAACUGUUGGAAAAGAAUAGUACUCCAGGUAAAAGUGCACCUGCUGAACCAGCUGAUGAAAAGGCUGCUAAAAAACCCAAGAGCCUUCCCAGUGACUCUGAAGCCUUAGAUGUAUUGUGUGAGGGGUUUGCCAGCAGUCCUCUUCCCCCUGAAAAAAAGGCAAAAACUGAAAAGCCCCCAUUUGAAUCCGAUCCUAUAGAUGAGCUGUCACUGGGAUUUGAAACUGUGUCUUCUCAGAAAUCUGCACCUCAGCAGUCUGCACCUGGAAAGCCCAAAACUGUGUCUUCUCAGAAAUCUGCACCUCAGCAGUCUGCACCUGGAAAGCCCAAAACUGGAGAGAUGUCUCUUGAUGCAUUAGAUGAAUUGGCAGGUUCACUAGCACCAGUAGAGUUGCCAGAAAGUCCAGUAUUCACUGGCCCAGAAGUUCAGGAAAACAAAUUAAAGUCCAAACACAUCAGCAAGCUUGGUGAACGAGAUGAUACUCUUCCCCCAGAGUACAGGAAAUUAUUGGAGAAGGAACCCACUGGUGGCAAAGGUGCACAUACAGGAAAAGCAGAAGAAAAACCUAAAGUGCCUCAGAAAUCGAUGAGUGAUAACGAUGCAAUUGAUGCUUUAUCAGGAGACUUUGGUGGCUCACCAGCUACCACACCACAGAGUAAAGCACAGCCUGGCAGUAAGACUCCAGCAAGCAGUAAAGCAGCAACUGAUAUUAUCACAUCAGAAGUUAUUUCAGCUACAUCAGCUGCCCCAGUACAAUCUGCUGCAGUUCCUCAGUCUCCUCAGAUGCCAGGCCAAGCUUUAGAUGACUUAGUAGGCUCAUUGGAUACCCCUGUACCAGAAUCUCCUAAAUUCACUGGACCAGCAGUUGAUGAAAAGAAAUCAAAGGAGAAACACAUUGACAAGCUCGGUGAAAGAGAUGACACAAUUCCACCAGAAUACAGGGAGCUGUUGGAGAAGGCCAGCACUGACAGUAAAGAUUCAGCUGCAAAAAAGAAAGAAGGCAAACCUGACACACCAAAGAAAUCAACAAGUGAAAAUGAUGCAAUUGAUGCACUUGAUGCACUAUCAGGAGACUUUGUCAGUUCUCCGACUUCCACGCCUCAAUCCAAAGCUCAACCUGGCAGCCUGAAAUCUGGGAGCACUACAUCAACUCCUGCACAUAAGUCUUCAGAGACGAUCACAGCCUCAGCAGCUGGCAAAGUUGCAGCACCUCCUCCUACUUCUAAAUCUGGAGGCAGUACAUCAUCUCCUGCACCUCUGUCUUCGGAGACCAUCACAGCCUCAACAGCUAGUAAAGUUUCAGCACCUGUUCCUCCUAAGGGUGGUAAAGAUGUUACACUGGAUUCCCUAGCUGAUACUUUGCCUAAGCAGUCAAAAGAUAAGCCAGCCCCAGCCGAGGAUAAGGUUAAGGAAAAGCACGGUUCUGAAAAGAAAGACAAACUUGGAGAAAGAGAAGAUACAAUAGUUCCAGAUCACAGGAUUAUUGAAGACAGCAAGCACAAAGGCCAGCCAGCAGACAAAGGAAAAUCACCAUCUAAGUCAGCUGCAGAUGAACAAGGCGCUAUUGAUGCCCUUUCAUCUGGGUUUAUCUCCUCCACAUCAGCUCCCAAAGUGCAGUCUGCAGUAUCUUCACAUCCUCCUCAGAAACCAGCAAGUACUGCUCAAGCUUCAGAAGCUAUUACCUGCUCAUCUGCUUCUAAAGUUUCAGCUGCUCCUUCUGCGAAACCAGCAUGUACUGCUCAAGCUUCAGAAACUAUUACCUGCUCAUCUGCUUCUAAAGUUUCAGCUGCUCCUUCUGCGGGUAUUAAAGAUGCUGCCCUGGACUCCCUCGCUGACACCUUGCCUAAGCAGCCAAAAGAUAAGCCAACUCCAACUGUGGAUAAAGUUAAGGAAAAGCAUGGCUCUGAACACACAGAUAAAUGUGGAGAAAGAGAAGAUACAAUCCCAGCAGACUAUAGAUUUAUUGAAGAAGCAAAGGGCAAAUCACAGCCAGCAAAACCUGCAGCCAAAGAUGAAGGAAAAGGAAAGGACCCAGCAAAGGCUGCUAAAGACAGUGAAGCAGGGAUUGAUGCACUGGCAGGGGAAUUCUCAACUUGUGACUCAACAAAAGCAAAGAGCAAAGAAGCACCAAAAACUGACAGCCAAAAAAGCAAAAGUUAAAUGCAAGAGGGAACUCAGAGAAAGCUAAAUGCAAAACCACUGUCUUCCUUCCUUGCUUUUGGAGUAAUUGCAAAAAUGAGCUGCGUAUCAACAUAUUUUUUCAAGGGUGGCAGUACAGUAAUAAACUUCUGCAAGUCAACACAUGCAGUACCUAAGAAACAUUUGUAUUAAAGUAUAGUUUUCUAAUAAUUAUAUUUUUUAGCUUUCUUGCUUAAGUGGAUAUGUUUGAAUUCCUUUUUUUGUUUUGUUUAAUAGGUUUCUGGUUUUGCAAAUAAUGCUUUAUAUUUUAAUUACUUGUACAUCAUAAGAAACUGGCUAGAAAAUUCAUUCUGUAAAGAACUCUGUAAUGCACUUUCAUGUUGAAACCUGUAAGCUGUAGUACUACUACAGCAUAAACUAAAUUUUGAGUAUUCAUUUCGAAAUUAGUAUCACAAAUGUUUGCCUAUAGGGUAGAGUGGAUUUCUAUUUGUUCAUUUAUGAGGUUUUGUUUUGGAUCAUAGACUUGAGAGCUGUCACACGAUAAAUACCAAACUAAUAUGUCAGAGCUUUACAAUGUCCAGAUUCUUUUGGUCUUCUAAUUUAAAUAAUAGUUUGUUUUGCAUCCCUGGGCUAACAGAGAGCUGAAAUUUCCUAAAUUGUGAGCAUGGUUUCACUACAACACCUUGGUUGUAACAUAACAUAAAUAUUUGUGUUUGGUCAUGUGACAGCUUUAAUUAGGAUCUUCAUAAUGAAAAAAACUCUACUCUGAGGUUGCAAAAGCAUUAUUAUAUAUAUAUAUUUUGCCUUUGCUAAAUGGGUAAAGUUACAUGGUAAGGGUACAUGUUCUUGUAUUUGGGAACAACCAUAAGGAAAGUGUAUUUAAAUGAUUUGAUUGAAUCAAACAGUACAGAAACAGAAGAUGUACAGUAUAAAUAAUUCAUAACCAUAACCACUAGGCUCUGUUGCCAUGUAGAUGCUGUGCCUUUGUUACAUACAUUUUUAUUUCUUCUGUGUGAUUUCAUUUUAACAUGUGCCUUCAAAGUAGUUUUCUACCUGCAAAUCACUUAUGAAGUACUUUCCCCAUAUUGAGUCGACAGUCCUUGGUACAGGGUUGGAGUUCUGCAGACAGAGUAAAUGAAAUAAGCCAUUUUACUGCAGAAAUUCCAUGGGACCAUGAAACUUGCAAGCAAAUUUGAAAUUUAAGAAAAACUACUGACAAAAAGGGCAGUACAUGUGCAAGUAAAACUGCAGAAAACAUAACAUGGCAUAUCAGUGAUGUGUAGUUUCCAGUACUGCCUGACAAAGAAUGAAGAGCUCUGUUUGCUGCUGGCCAUUUACCAUGGAAUCUACAGUUGACCGGCACCUUUUACAGUCCUUGUUAGCCUCUGCAGUAUCUGUUUUAUCAAAUGUCAGUAGCUGUACUGCUAUAAACGUUGCAUGUAGACUGCUCGUACUAUAAGAUGCCAUUUUAAAAAUGGAAAACUGCAAUCUGCACAUUGAGGACUAUGUAUCUGCAGUGCAACCUGCACUCAUACAUAAUGUGCGGAAUACUGCAAUUUUGUUUCAGUGCUGCAAAGUUUACAGGUUAGCUUUCACAACACUAAAGCUUCAAAGAAGAAAAUGCAUUAUGCCAAAAUUCAAAUGUGUUGCAAAACUGUUGUACUGUAAUGUUUGCACUUGUACAUUAGUGAAAAGAGACAUGUGCCUGUAGGCUUCUGAUGUAUAAAGUUAAAAUGCAAGCCAAAAUGAGGCUGUGGUAAUGUAAAUUAGAUGAAUUGUUUAUAUCUUUCAGUUGUAUGGCUUUGGGAGCUUUCACAAAUGUGGAUUUAUAAUGAAAAUUGUGAAAUAAAGAUAAAUCCCAAAA